AUGGAAAGUAGGAACCUCACUAUUUUCACCGAGUUCAUCCUCCUCGGAUUUCUGGGCCACCCCCAACUGGAGAUUUUCCUUUUUGUGCUUGUGUCCGUGAUGUACACGGUGACCCUCUUUGGAAACAUCUCCAUAUUGACUUUGACUUGUUUGGAUUCUCGCCUCCACACUCCAAUGUACUUCUUCCUUAGCAACCUGGCCUUCUUGAACAUCUGCUACACAUCUGCAGUGGUCCCCAAGAUGCUGGCCAACUUCUUAGUGGCCAGGAAGACCAUCUCGUACCAGCUGUGCGCUGCGCAAGUGUACAUCACGCUCUUCUUGGGGGCGGCUGAGUGCCUCCUCCUUCUGGUGAUGGCAUUUGACCGGUACGUUGCCAUCUGCAACCCUCUGCAUUACACGAUGGCAAUGAAUAAGGGCACCUGCCUCGCUCUGGCCAUCGGGGCCUGGCUUGGCAGCUUCCUCAUGUCCGUGGUCCCUUCCUUGACCAUGAAGCAGUCUCUGUGCAAUUCCGUCAUUGACCACCUGUUCUGUGAAGUUCCUGUCCUCCUCCAGCUGGCUUGUCCCAGCGACGACACAUCCCUCAAUGAGACCAUGAUGGUGGCAGGGAGCACGUUCACCUUGCUCAUGCCGUUUGUCUUAAUCCUGCUGUCCUAUGUCCGCAUCAUCUUCGCCAUCCUCCAAAUCUCCUCCAUGGAUGGGAAGCGGAAGGCCUUCUCCACAUGCUCGGCUCACAUCACCGUGGUGACCAUCUACUAUGGAAGUGGGAUGUUCAUGUACAUGAGGCCCAAGGCCAGUUACUCAGCUGAGAAGGACAAGCUGAUCUCUCUCUUCUACUCAGUCAUCAACCCCAUGCUGAAUCCCAUCAUCUACAGUCUGAGGAACAACGAUGUCAAGGAGGCCCUCCUGAAACUGCUGAGGAGAACCAAAGCACCUUGAGCAAGAAGACAGGGGUGGAGCAUCUCAGAACCCUCGGGCCAAAUGUGGCCCUCCAGCUCUGUCUGGCCCUUCAGACUCUCCCCAAGCCAUGCCCUCUCCGUGUCCCCAGAUCAUACCCCUACUUCACACCCUCCUUGAGUAUUUUAGCCUGGCUGGAACGCAUCCUUGAAUUCUGAUGGUGCCUCUUGCAUGCCUGGAUGGAGGAUAGAGAGAGACAUGUGUGUAGAAACUAGCCUGCUCCAGAGGCUAGGAUUCGAACCAAUGGCUUCAAGUUACAAGAAAGGAGAAUCCGACUAAACAUCAGGAAGAACUUUCUGACAGUAAGAGCUGUUCAACAGUGGAGUGGACUCCCUCAAGAGGUGGUGGACUCUCCUUCCUUGGAGGUUUUUAAGCAGAGGUUGGAUGGCCAUCUGUCUAGGAUGCUUUAGUUGAGAUUCCUGCAUUGCAGGGGGUUGGACUAGAUGACCCUCAGGAUCCCUUCCAAUUCUAUGAUUCUAUGAAGCGGUGCAACACAGCUUCCCGUGUGCCUUUGGAGGAUAUGGAACUCUUAUGUGAAGUCUAUUUUGUCAUGCUGUUUUAUUGUCUUAAUUAUUUUACUAAUUAGCUAGCAUCCCUGAAACGUAACUUUAAUAAGUAGCUAUAGUAAUUGGUAGCAUGAUUUUG